AUGUCUAUCCGGAAGAGCCUCGCCACCACAGGGUUGGCUUUGCUGAUGGCAACUACCACUCCAGUAGUAAGUGGUAGUCCUAUCGAGCAUCUUUUACACCUUGUGGCUCGAGAUCCUCCACAGGCGCUACCGGAGAAGGCUACGGCCAACGACAAGAAAUGGCAACCUGCAAUGGACUUCGAUACCGAUGGAUGCUAUAACACGCCAGCCAUCGAUGCGAACGGCAACAUAAAUCCAGGCCUCGACCAUAAAAAUACUGGUUUAUCCUCGGGCUGUCAUGACCCCUCAGACCUCGCCAACAACAAUGUGUACUCUCGAGCGCGGUGUAAUAAUGGAUGGUGCGCAUACUUAUACGACUAUUACUUCGAGAAGGAUGUUGCUCUCGCCAACUUCCCCCUCGACCCCGGACACCGCAACGACUGGGAGCACGUCGUCGUCUUCGUCCAGAACGACGAGGCCAAAGUAGUAGCAGUGUCGCAACAUGGCGACUACCAAGUCAAGAGCGCCAGUGAUGUCCGAUGGGACGGCACACAUCCUAAAGUUGUGUACAACAAGGACGGAAUCGGCACGCAUGACUUCCGAUUCGCGAAUGAGGGCGACGAGAACAUCGAAAACGACACCGGAAAAUGGUUCUACGGCGCAUUGAUCUCAUACAAUGGGUUUCCGAGUACCGCGCUUCGAGACAAGCUUGUAGCGUUCGAUUUCGGUAGCGCUAACAUUGCAUUCAAGGACUCGAGUUUCCCGGGCCAACUAGAAAAGGCUCGGGGCGAUCUAGUAUCGGGAUUUGAUAGCAAUAUAGACGAUGGAUCUCCUGGAAAUCCAUAG